ACCAACCUUCUCCUCCACCCAGCCAAUCAAACAUCCAUCGUCGCUCGCAUCGCCUGCGAAAAAAAUCUCUCCUUUUACCUCCGCCAUCGCCCGCUUCAAAUCCUAGGAAAAUCCGAACCCAAGCUUCUCGAUUGUUCGGUCGGUCGGUCGGUCGGUCGAAGGAAAUCGCGGCGAGUGUUGUGUUUGUCGGGGGGUAAAACCCGGGGCAGACGAGUUGAGGACAUCACGGCUAUACACGGCGUAGCCCGGCCACUCAUCCAUGCCCGCUCCGUUCGACGCCGCAAGGGUUGCCUGAUCGCCGCCUCCUGCGUCGGCAACCCUUCGCCGCACGGCGGACGAGGCGCCCUCCCCUCCGAAGGCGGCAGCCCCUCCGACCUCCUCUUCCUCGCCGGCGGCGGUCCCUCCUCCCUCCUCUACUGCUAGAUUAUUCUUUCCUAUAGGAGUCUUCGUUUUCGUCCUAGCUACGACGUAUUCCGCCGCGUGUAACGAGCAAGUCGCUGUUCUUUUUUUUUUUAGAUCUCGUUUUUUGUGUUUUUUUCCUCGUACCUAAAAAACCGGGGAGGGAAGAUGAUGCUCAAGAUUAAGAGGGUUCCGACCGUCGUCUCGAAUUACCAGAAGGAGGAGGUUGAAGGCGGGCGCGUCGGGGGUUGUGGCCGCAAUUGUCUCAACAAGUGCUGCGUUCAAGGAGCGAAAUUCCCUUUAUACGCUUUCAAGAAGGAGAAGGAAGUCCCAGGCGACAGGGCUUUGCUUGGGCAUGUGGAGAGGGAGCCUCCCGUCGCUUUUCUCGACUCUCUUCUGCUUGGAGAGUGGGAGGAUCGGAUGCAGAGGGGUCUGUUUCGCUAUGAUGUCACUGCCUGUGAAACUAAGGUGAUUCCUGGUGAGUGUGGCUUCAUUGCUCAGCUGAAUGAAGGACGCCAUCUCAAGAAGCGACCAACUGAGUUCCGUGUUGAUAAGGUGCUCCAGCCUUUCGAUGGAAGCAAAUUCAACUUCACCAAAGUUGGUCAGGAAGAGGUGCUCUUUCAGUUUGAAGCAAGCGAGGAUGGUGAAGCUCAGUUCUUUCCCAAUGCUCCAAUUGAUGUUGAGAGUUCCCCCAGUGUUGUUGCCAUCAAUGUCAGUCCUAUUGAAUAUGGCCAUGUGCUGUUGAUCCCUCGCGUCCUGGAGUGCCUGCCACAAAGGAUUGAUCGUGCAAGCUUUUUGCUUGCUCUAUACAUGGCUUCAGAAGCUGGAAACCCUUAUUUCCGACUAGGUUACAACAGCCUGGGGGCAUUUGCCACCAUCAAUCACCUGCAUUUCCAGGCAUACUAUUUGGCUGUGCCCUUCCCUGUUGAGAAGGCUUCCACUCGAAACAUAACAGCCCUGGACAGUGGGGUGAAUGUAUCUGAACUUGUCAAUUAUCCAGUCAGAGGUCUUGUUUAUGAAGGUGGAAAUACCAUUCAAGACUUGGCCAAUGCAGUUUCGGACUCAUGCAUCUGCCUUCAAGACAACAAUAUACCUUACAACGUCCUCAUAUCUGAUUGUGGAAAGCGCAUUUUCCUCUUCCCACAGUGCUAUGCGGAGAAGCAAGCUCUUGGAGAAGUCGAUGCGGAGGUUCUGGACACGCAAGUGAACCCGGCAGUGUGGGAAAUCAGUGGGCAUAUGGUCCUGAAGAGGAAGAAAGACUAUGAGGAGGCAUCUGAGGAGAAUGCAUGGAGGCUCCUAGCGGAGGUUUCCCUAUCUGAGGAGAGGUUCCGUGAAGUGAGCGACCUGAUCUUUGAAGCAAUCUCUUGCAGCAUUGAGGACGUUGCUCCAAGCUCGCUUGACGAGCCCAAUGCUGAACCUCUGGCGGACUUUGCCGCCCCCUGCCCCAAUAUGGUGCGCGGGAAGAAGGAUUGCCUGGUUCUGCAGUGAGAAGCGAUCCUUUCAGUAUUUGUGAUCCUUUCAGUAUUUGCAUUGUGGGACUCUGUGUGUGUGUGUGUGUGGAAUUUCCAGUUGCUAUGGCAUUGCCAGCAACUGCAGAAUAAGCGAACUUGGUUUCGUUGCUCUAGCGUCGGUGCGUCGUGUAGUGUCUAUGUGAAAUGUGUCGUCUGUGUUCACCUAAAUUCUGUUGCUGUAUAUUACUGUAUUGGUACGCUUCUCAGGUAUACCAUCAGGUUACUCUUGAGAGCAUGAUACUCUUUUAAGUCUUAGCCAAUAUUUUUAGUUCA